UUCACGACCAGGGUGAUUUCUUCACGCUGUGGAAACUCGCAUGCUUUCAUUGUUGUAUCCCCUAUCAGUCUUCAAAGCCGAGGCUGAAAGCGCUGUUGAAGCAACAGCCGGACAUGGCGAUAAGAGGUCGCGAACACGGAGAACGGACACUAUAAAAACGAUGCAAAGUGAGGACAUAUCAAAACUCUUCCGGCUGACGAUUUUCGUCUUGAGACCUGUUUGCAGAAGUAGAGCCAAGAUGCGAUUCGCUCUUAUCAUCGCUACUUUGCUUGCUGGGGUCUUGGCGGUCGACGUGGACAAUGUCGCUCUACCAGACUUUCACUUGAGUGUGUUUGGCAUCCAAACGAGGGAGGUGAAUUUCACCCACGGAAAAGUACAGGGUCUCAGCAAGUUCUUUAGGAGUGCUCGCGUCUGUUACGGACGCUACAGUUGCGUCGUGUCGGUCAGCGGACUACGUUUUACCUAUAAAGCUGCAGCCACCUUGCCGGAGCAGGAGUUCGACGUCGUGGUGGAUGUGCUACACGGCUUGCUCGAAGUGGACCUCGCAAGAAACACAGAUGACAAAGACGUAGUUAAGGACGUUCGUGUGAAGUCACUGAACCAGUAUGUCAGGAAGCCAGUGCUGUUCAGCUCCGACUGGAAGCAGAGCGUUCUCUUUGACGAGAAGCUCAAGGAGAAAACGCAUGAGUUUCUGAAAAGACUGACGCGAACAGAGGCUUUCGAAUAGAGAGAGGGGUUCAAGCCGGUGUUCUAACACAGGCGUUCAACCGUGCCUUCUUCAAGGUUGUCGAAGGUCCGACAAAACGUGUGCUUGGAAAGAAAGAGGAAAUCCACUUUUCACUUCGUUUGAACGUCGCAUUCACCCCAUACUUCAGCCACAAGCUGGGUUAUAGUAACACAAUGCUAUGCUCUUGCUGUAAUACUCGAACUACUGUCCAGCACAUUCUCAUCGACUGUCAGAAGUAUUUCACUAAGCAACGCGUCCUCCAGCGUCAACUUGAAGCCACUGGGACGCCCUCACUUGCCCUUCCUCAACUGUUUGGGCCUUCGGUCAAUCCUGCGCGUCGGCUACGAGCUCUUCAAGCCCUCAUCGCCUUCUUGGCAGCAACAGGGCUCCUGCGCGAACUCUGCACAUUCAUCAUGAUUCACCAUCUUCUCCCCCCUCAAGCAACCGGAUUGGGUGGCGCAUCAGCGCGAAACAUCCCACUUCAUCAUCAUUGCUUAUUUGUUGUUGUUGUUUAGAGAGCCAUUGAUUGACCCAUGAAUGAUCGUUUACGAUUUCUACCGAUUCCUAUUCUUUUUAAAUAAAUGGAUGUUAGACGUA